CGGCGCUGCGCGACGAAAGAGCCGACUGACGACUCGCGCAGUCUACACGAAUUUCCUUCUGCACGGUUGAAAAUGGCGUCGAUCGCGGGCGUACGAGUCUUUGCGCGAAGCGCCGGUUUGCUCAGAAACACGACGAGCCGACUGGCUGUCCUGGCCCCGGCUACCUCGAGUCAGCUCAACCAGAGACUCGUCCACGCGAUCAGGCGAACGUCGGCGCCGAUCCUCGGCCAGGUCACUGCUAACUACGAGGCACGACGAUAUGACCACGUUAUCAGAGAAAAACCCUCGAUGAAAGAGAUUCAGGAUCGUGUUUUAAAAAGCUUAGCGGACCCAUGCGUCAAGCAGGUGCGCCAGUACAGUGAAAAACCACCGCUCACAUUGAAUUUUAUCCGUGACCGAGUCCUUUUGGUGCUUAAGCUUUAUGAUAAAAUAGAUGCUUCAAAGCUCACCGUAGACUCUCAUUUUAUAAACGACCUUGGUCUGGACUCCUUGGACCACGUUGAAGUCAUUAUGGCUAUGGAGGAUGAAUUUGGUUUCGAAAUACCAGAUAUGGAUGCCGAAAGACUUGUAACACCAGCUGCCAUAGCGCGUUAUGUUGCAGACAAAGAAGAUAUUUAUGAAUAAUACUGCUCUCAUUAAUUAUAAGAAAAUCUUAGUCAACGUCUCAUUGCUUAAGAAAAUCUUAUUGCAGUUUUAUUCUUAAAGAGGAUGAUCUGCAAAAGCAAGCACUUCAUUGCGACUUGUUUCUUUCCUGUAUAUAGACCAAGGUCAUUAUGUAUGAAUAAAAAUGUCACGAAUUGUUAGAUUAAAUGAGAUUUUUUUAAAACAUG